AUGCUCUCCUACUACUACUACCACCACCACCACCACAACCACCAUCACUAUCACCAUCACCACCAUGACCCCAUCGAAUAUUCUUCCCCAUCCAUACCCCCUCUCCCCGCGAUCAUCAACCUCGAACCGGAUAGAGAUGUACUCUGCGCCGGCAUUGCUCCCUCAAAGGGCCGACGCUGUCACAACCGCACAAACGCCCCAAAUCGCAGCACCGCUAUGUCGCUUCUGUACGAAGGCACCAAGGACCUCCGAGCCGGUCGCCCCAUCGACACCCUCCUGACAGAGCUCGGCCCGCUGGUCCUGUGCUGGCGUCAUAAGGACCAAGCUUCGGGACUCACGAGGAAUUGGAUGGGACAAGUUCGCGCGUAUCUGGACGAGCGGGUUGCGGCUUCUACACCUUACAGAGUCUCCACUCCUUCCGUUCUGUCAAGGAGGGAUGUGGCACCAGCGAGGCAGGUGAGGUCAGCAGCACCAGUGAGGUCAACAAGGCCUGAGCCCCCAAGAGCUGCCCCGGAGUUCGCUGGGGUUGGCAUGAGGCUUAACGACCUGGUCGCCCAGACCCGGCGCAUCGAGGAGGAUUUUAUGCACCUAUCAAUCAUCCCUGCGCGCUCGUCUCCUAGUCAGCGCGAGGAUAGAAGGUCCAGCACAAGCGCAGUCGCCAGACCCAGUAGCGCGAGAAGCAGCACAUCGAGAAACACUCGUACUCCUCCCGAAGAGCGCGUUGAUGUCACAGCGAGAAGACACUCCACCGAAUUUGCCAAUCCGCCAACAAUCGCAAGCACUGUACCUCGAUCAACCCAGGCACAGACUCCUGUUCGUCAAUCAAGGGCACCAGCUUCUUCUGUUUCAAGCCAGAGUCAGAGCCAGACCCCGGACUCAAGACCAGCGACCACGGACACUGUGGUUCGCGGCUCCAGCAGCGCCAGGGAUCAGGACCGUCGGGAUGCCAUUUCGCAGGUCAGACGUCGCGAGGUGGAAGGAGAGUGUGGGAUCUGUUUGUGCAGAUUGCGUGUUGCACAUCAUGAUGAGGAAGCGGAUGAGGAUGAGGAGAGCGAGCAUAGUGGCGAAGAAGAUCACGAGGAUGAUAAUGAUGAUCAAGACGACGACGACGACGACGACGACGAUGAUGAUGAUGAACAUCAAGAUGAUGAACUGGUUUGGUGCAGGGCUCGCUGUGGAGUCAACUUCCACAAACCAUGCAUCGAUCAAUGGCUGGCAGUUGCUGGCGCUCCCACGUGCCCAGCGUGCAGAAGUAUUUGGAGACGCUGA